AUGGAUGAAAUUCAUGAAAGUGACUCAAGUAACGAUACUCAAAGUUCAAAAAAAAGAAAAUUUGACAAUUUAUCUUUACCUGAUGAGGAUAAUUCGAUAAGUAAAGUGUGGCUUUAUUUCACUAAAGACAAGAUCCAACAAGUCGGAAGAUAUAAAGUAACUGUAUUUGGUAAAAAUAGAUAUGUUCCAUGUGGAAAGGAAGUAAAUUUCAAUACUGCAAAGUCGACAGGUAAUUUUUGGUAUCAUCUUAAGUCAGCACAUGGUAUACAUAAAGACAACAUUGAUAAUGUAUCCAACGUUGAACAUAAUCAAAUAAGUUUAAUUCAUAAGCAAAUUUUGAAUAACAAGAUUGUGUCCUUUAUAUGUAAAGAUCAACAACCUCUUUCAGUAAUUACGGAUGAUGGAUUUAUUGAAUUAAUGAAAGAAGUGGUUCCUAAUUAUAAACUUCCAUCUAAAAAAGCUAUAAAAAUUUUAUUGUCACAAGCAUUUACACAUACGAAGCAACAUCUUAUGGAUAAACUUUCGGAGACACUUUUUUAUGCAUUAAGAAAUAUAGUUGCAAGCCUACAAUCUAAUCAUGAAGAAUUUCAGCAAACAACUAAAAGUGAUAACUCACUUAUUGCUCGAAUAUUUCAGCUACACCAUCCUCAAAUAGAUGAA